AUGUUGCCGAUUGCGAACCUGCUGGUCAGUGUCGGGGGCAGCUUUUUGUUCGUGCGGGGCUCGUUCCUGGCGCGCGACCUGGUCAAUCGCUAUGUGUCUCAGCCCUACAUGGACGAAAUCUUCCAUGUUCCCCAGGCCGAGCGAAUCUGCCGCGGGGUGAUGGAGUGGGAUCCCAAGAUUACCACGCCGGCGGGCCUGUACUAUGUGCCGGUGCUCUACCAGCGCAUUGCGCCGCUCAUUGGGCUUCCUUCGAGUUGUGAGGACAUUACGACGCUCGAGUGGCUGCGCUCGGUCUCGUUCGUGUGCAUGAUUCUCUUUUGCGGCGUGAUCAUGGCCAGCAUCACCAGGAACCAGACCAGCAUGUCGGUGUAUGCGCCGCUGUACCGCUCGCUGGUGACGCUUGCAGUGGUUUCGCUGCCUCCGAUGUAUUUCUUUGGCUUUCUGUACUACACAGACAUGCUGAGCACCUUUCUCGUCUUUCUCGCACUGACCUUCUCUCAGAUGGAGGAGCACUUUACCGCAUCGCUGCUCGGCAUGCUGGCCAUGACGGUGCGCCAGAACAACGUGGUGUGGGUCGCAUUUAUGAUCGGGCAGGCGAUGCUCGCGGAGCUGCGCCGGCACGCGCCGGGCCUGGCAUGGUCGCGUACGCCGCCGCUUGGUCUCCUGCUCAAAAAGAGUGUGUGGGAAGACCUCGGGGGAAUCGAGCUGCCGUACAUUCCCGCCAUCUUUGGCUUUGUCGGUUUCGUGCUCUGGAAUCAGGGCAGCCUCGCGCUGGGCGACAAGAGCAACCACCAGGUCACCUUUCACCUCCCCCAGCUCGGCUACUUUUUCGCGUUUGCGCUCUUUUUUGGGUGGCCCGCGCUGGUGCCGCACAUGCGCCUGCGCAUCCGCCGCAAGCAGGUGCUCAUCUUUGCCGCGCUGACCGCGCUGGGCCUAGUCGCAGUGCACUUUUUCACGGUGGUGCACCCCUUUUUGCUGGCAGACAAUCGUCACUACACCUUUUACGUGUGGCGCCGCAUUGUCGACGUGCGCCCGUGGGCGCGCUACGCGCUCGUCCCGGUCUAUGUCGCAAGCGCCAUGCUCUGGAUCUCGGCACUUGCCAAAACGCGGUGCGCGUUCUGGAUUGCGGGCUUUGUCGGGGCGACGGCGCUUGCCGUGGUUCCCACGCCGCUGAUUGAGCCGCGGUACUUUGUGGUACCGUACAUCAUCAUGCGCCUCGAAGUGGCGCGCGCAACGACUGUCCGGCCGAGGGUGCUGGCGCUAAUCGCCGUCGAGGUGCUAUGGAAUGCGGCGUUGAAUGCGGAAACGAUCUAUGUCUUCUGCAUCCAGCGGUUUAUGUGGUAA